AUGCCUUCCGAGGUCUCCGACAUCAAGCAGUUCAUUGAGAUCUGCCGCCGCAAGGACGCUUCCUCUGCGCGCAUCAAGAAGAACAAGAAGAACAGCCAGACCAAGUUCAAGGUCCGCUGCCACCGCUACCUGUACACCCUCGUCCUCAAGGACUCCGACAAGGCCGAGAAGCUCAAGCAGUCCCUUCCCCCGGGUCUUACCAUCACCGACGUUCCCAAGAAGAACGCCAAGGGCAAGCGCACCGCAUAA